CCAGAAAACAAUCUAACAAUGAGUGGAAGAGGCAAAACCGGCGGAAAGGCCAGAGCAAAGGCAAAGACCCGCUCAUCCCGUGCCGGGCUCCAGUUCCCAGUCGGUCGUGUCCACAGACUGCUGCGUAAAGGGAACUAUGCCCAGCGUGUUGGUGCCGGUGCCCCCGUGUACCUGGCAGCUGUGCUGGAGUACCUGACCGCUGAGAUCCUGGAGUUGGCUGGAAACGCUGCCCGUGACAACAAGAAGACUCGUAUCAUCCCUCGUCACCUGCAGCUGGCUGUCCGCAACGACGAGGAGCUCAACAAGCUUCUGGGCGGAGUGACCAUCGCUCAGGGCGGCGUGCUGCCCAACAUCCAGGCUGUCCUGCUGCCCAAGAAGACCGAGAAGGCCGCCAAAAAGUAAACACAUACAAGGACUACAAACAAACACAACGGCUCUUUUAAGAGCCACCCACCAUACACCUUAAAGAGCAGAGCUUCACAUAAUGUGUAUAUGAGAAACUGUUGGAUUGUUAACUGCAUGAUAAACCAUGAAGUCUCUGGGCUUUUCAUUUCAGCUUUCAUAACUCCAAAUGGAAUUGUUUACUCUGAAGGCGACCAUAAUGCUUCAUUUAACUUUUUGGAAUAUAGAACAUGACCUGAAAAAUGUUCAUUAACAUAUAAGUUGUAAAACGCAGAAGUAAUGGUUGUCUGUUAGUCACUGCUUCAUCAGGUUCAUAGGUAGAGUUCUCCUGGAAGUGUUCCUAGCAGAUCUGUGAAUCAGCUGCAAGAUGAGCACAGACCGUCUAAGUAUCCACUCAGGGAAAGCAGGGCUAGAUAUGUUUGAGGAUAGUCUUCCUAUCUAACAGAGUGUACUUUAUAUUUCGUCAUUUAUGAGCCAUGUGAUGGGUGGGGAGGUUAGAUGCCCUCAUAUUGAAUCUAAUAUAAAAAGUGCCCUCACCUGUAUUCUAAACAUGUAAAGCUGCUUAUUUGCUCUAAGUAUUUUUUUCAUUUAUUCAUGAACACAGUUUCCUGUAUUUGUUACCAUGUUUGCAUGUGUUCAGGAUCAGAAUGUAUUUAUCUGAAAAGUCA